GUCUUAUGCUUGUAUUUCCAGUGUUGCUGUCGAGCAAGUGAGUGAACUUUGUCCUCGGAAAAUGAGCGACGAAAAUGCGAGUGAUUCCUCUGGGGAGGAAGAAUCUCUACAUGAAAAACACAGAAAUGAGAAAAAGGAUAUGCUAGCCGAAAUACAAAAGAUACGACACAGCGUUCCAAAAAAUGACAAAAAGAAAAAGAAAGAUGCCCAAGAGCAAAUUGCAAAACUUGAAAAUGAAUUGAAGGAUAGGCAUCAAACAGAAUUAGCUGAGUCCAAGGGGAGUGGUACUGUUCAGGAAUUGACGGGGAAAAUGGGAAAUCUAGAUGUUGGCAAUUCUGGAGAAACCAAGGAAAGCGCAGAAGUUGCAAAGCGCAGGAAACAAAUGGCCAAAAAUCAAAAAAGGAGAGAUAAAAAGAGUGAAAAAAACAAAGAAAGAGAUGCCAUGCUCAAGCAGCAGGAGUUGGACAAUCUAUCAGGAAAACGCCACCUAGAGACCCAGAAAAUUAAACAGCUGCUGGCUGCCAGAAAUUUGAAAAUACGUGAAAUUGCUUCAGAUGGAAAUUGCCUGUACAAUGCUGUCAGCCACCAAAUGAAAAAUGAGAAGGUUACGAAUGAAAGCUUGCGAAGACAGACCUCCGAACAUAUGAAAGGGAAUGUAGAUGAAUUUUUACCGUUUCUGACUAAAUUGGACACGGGGGAUUGUUAUACCCCAGAAGAAUAUGAGUAUUAUUGUGAUGCUAUAGCUAACACUUCUACAUGGGGCGGACAUUUAGAGAUUCAAGCCAUCUCAAAAAUAUUAAAAUGUAGGAUAGAAAUAAUACAGGCAGAAGGUGCACCAAUAAUUCUAGGAGAGGAAUACAAUAAUAGUAACGGUCCAAUAGUGUUAGCCUAUCAUAGACAUGCUUUUGGAUUAGGGGAACAUUACAAUUCAGUGGAACCCAAGUCAGAGAUCGACGCAGAGAAUUUAUAGGGCAUUAUACAGCUGCCUAGUUUACAUUUCAUAUUAAAACAAUCGCAAGAUAAAUAUCUACUCACCGAAUGUUAUCUGGUCCAUUUUAGAGACUCUAUACAUAUGAGCAGACAAGUUUGAUACCUGCUCAAGGUGCUUGCCAGGUCUAAAUCCCUGGUGUGGACUUACGAUUGGCAUAUGGUUUACAAGAAUUAAAACUUAACUUUCUA